UUUUUUCCCAUUUUCGACCGGAGCUUGCUUGAUCGUUUUUGAACAAAAAUCCUACUAAAGAUGCCUGGAGUACAAACUAACAAACCCGGAUAUAAAGAUAAAGAUAAACCCACUCAGAUCCGUUACAGUAACAUUACUGCCGCCAAAGCUGUAGCAAAUGCCAUCAGGACAAGUUUGGGCCCCAGAGGCAUGGAUAAGAUGAUUCAGACAGGCAAAGGUGAGGUCACUAUAACAAAUGAUGGAGCUACUAUACUGAAGCAGAUGCAAGUUCUGCACCCAGCUGCUAAAAUGCUUGUAGAACUCUCGAAAGCUCAAGAUGUUGAGGCAGGAGACGGUACAACAACUGUUGUUGUCGUGGCUGGGAGUCUGCUCGAUGCUGCUCAAAGAUUGCUUCAGAAAGGAAUUCAUCCAACCACAAUCUCUGAAUGCUUUCAGUCAGCUGCAGCUAAGGCUUGCUCCAUUUUGGAAAAUAUGUCGAUGCCUGUUCAGUUGUCUGACAGGGAAUCUCUUCUUAAGAGUGCAACCACCUCUCUUAACUCUAAGGUUGUGUCUCAGUACUCAAAUACUCUCUCCCCGAUCUGUGUUGAUGCAGUUCUUAAGGUUAUUGACCCUGUCAAGGACACCAAUGUUGACCUUCGUGACAUUAAGAUCAUCCAGAAACUCGGUGGCACCAUUGAAGACACAGAAUUGAUUGAUGGAUUGGUCUUCAACCAGCGAGCUGCAGGUCAAGGCGGUCCCAGUAAAGUUGAGAAAGCAAAGAUUGGCCUCAUACAAUUCUGUAUAUCACCCCCUAAGACUGAUAUGGAGAAUCAGGUGAUAGUAUCAGACUACACCCAGAUGGAUAGAGUGCUUAGAGAGGAGAGGCAGUAUAUAUUGAAUAUUGUGAAGAACAUUAAGAAGGCCGGAUGUAAUGUCUUACUUAUCCAAAAAUCUAUUCUUAGAGAUGCGGUGAAUGAUCUUGCUCUUCACUUCCUUGCCAAGCAGAAGAUUAUGGUUGUGAAGGAUGUUGAAAGAGAGGACAUUGAGUUCGUCUGCAAGACGAUAGGCUGUCGACCGAUAGCAAGUCUGGAUCACUUUCAGCCUGACAUGUUGGGUGCAGCUGAACUUGUUGAAGAAGUUCAGGCUGGAGACAGCAAGUUGGUUAAGGUGAGUGGAAUACAGAAUGCGGGCAAGACGGUUACAAUUCUCGUGAGGGGUUCCAACAAGUUGGUGCUGGAGGAGGCUGAGAGAUCCAUCCACGACGCCCUCUGUGUUAUCAGGUGUCUCGUCAAGAAGAAGGCAAUCAUAGCAGGGGGAGGAGCCCCAGAAAUUGAACUUUCCCUUCGUCUCAUGGAGCUUUCUGAAUCUCUUGUUGGCAUGGAGCAGUACUGCUUCAGGGCUUUUGCUGAGGCGCUCGAGGUUGUGCCCUUCACCCUGGCGGAAAAUGCGGGUUUGAAUCCCAUUGGAACGGUCACUGAGUUGAGAAACAGACACGCCAGAGGGGAAAAGAUGGCUGGAAUUAAUGUCAGAAAGGGCACCAUAACAAAUAUCCUGGAGGAGAAUGUUGUACAGCCAUUGUUGGUCUCUACAAGUGCCAUACACCUGGCUGCAGAGACUGUAAGGAGUAUCCUAAAAAUUGAUGAUAUUGUCAUCUGUAUGUGACAUUGAUAAUGUUCAAUCUGUAUUAACGAAGCGGCAACAAACAACAAAUACAAGUCUAACUCUCUAAUUAUCGAUAUUUUAUACACGAAAUUAGUUUGGUUAAUCGAUAGGCCAAUUAAGAUGAACGUCUGCUUUCACUUAUAUAUAUAUAUAUAUACAGAGAACGAUAAUCAUUAUUUAAUGUUUUAUUUUCUACGUGUUUGUUCUUGUUGUGGCCAUUUUUUUUAAAUUUCAAAUUAAAAUUUUUUCACGAGGUUAUCUCCGUUA